UGUAACAGACAGAAAGCCGGCAAAAUUAAAAAAAAAAACACAAGUAAAAAUUAUAUUUACAUCAUUACAGCUUUUGGGAAAUGAAAAUGAUAACAAGAAAUACUCCAUUACAUUCACGAUGAAAUUUACUCUUCCAUCUACUGAAUUAUACAUUUAUUUUUGCUUAUGGAUAUUUGCGAAUUUAUUCUCUUUAUAUAAAUUAAUAGAAGUUCAAAGAGAUAUUUUAGAGAAAGAUACAGAAUUACUUCUUAAUUUAAGUGAUUUACAACAAGGUUGGAGUUCCCUAUCGAGGCUUAAAGAUGGCUCUGAUAUUGAAUGGAGCAGCUGGAAAUAUUUUCUUCACACUUCCUGGCACUACUUGAUAUUCCAAUUUGUAAUUUCUGAAUUAAUACGUGAAGUAUGUAGUUAUAUUCUCAAAUAUUGGUAUAUAUUAUCUAGUAUAAUUUUCAUCACAAGUUAUAUGGGAUUUAGACAAUUAGUAAUAAUUUUUGCUCAACCUUUUAUAUAUGCUAUGAUAUUGAUUUGUGGAGGAAGAAAAUUAAGUAUUUGGAUUACAAGCAUAUUUUUACUAUUAAGUUACAACUCUUUAAAAUACAAAUAUUAUUUUUGGAAUUUUUUGGACCAUGAAGAAAUGCAAGAUGAAGAGGUAUAUCUAAUUUUAUUUAGUGUAGCCUGGAUUGAACUUCGUUGCAUAAGUUUUUGUUUAGAUUAUGUUGAAGAUAAAACUACAACAGUAUUGACUUUAAAUGAAGCAGUAAAUAUGUUUAGUUAUAUAUUGUACUUACCUCUGCUAUACAUGGGUCCAAUUAUUCUAUAUGAAGAAUUUCAAAAAAGUUUUACAAGCAAAAGAGAAAAAUUAAAAACAAGACUGAAGCAAUUUGCUAUUGAUAUAACAAUUUUUAAAUUUUACACAUUUAUUUUGGAUUUAUGUUUUCAUUAUAUAUAUUUCUUUGCAAUGCAAAAUAAUAUGCAGUUGAUAAGAAAGCUACCAACAAUUGCUCUCUGCGGUGGUGGACUCUGGAUGGGAUUAGAGUUUCACAUGAAAUAUGUAAUAUCAUAUGGCAGUACAGGAGCAUUUUCUAGACUUGAUAAUAUGGACCCACCACCGACACCUAGGUGCAUUGCAAGAAUUCAUGUUUAUUCUCAGAUGUGGAGACAUUUCGAUGUGGGUCUCUACAGAUUUUUAGUAAAAUAUAUAUACAAGCCUGGUUAUGGGGUGUUAUGUAAAUUUGACAUAUUACCAAAGAUCAUUUACAAGCUGAUAGCAUCACUUGCUACAUUCCUAUUUAUUUUUUUGUGGCAUGGAACUGUGUGGCACAUACUUAUUUGGUCUGUAUUGAAUUAUUUAGGAGUCACAUUAGAAUAUAUAGGUCAAGUUAUUUCGAAACAUAAUAUAUACGAAAAAUUUAGAGUAAACAUUUUAAAAACUAAAGCCAUGGAGGUACGUUUUAUUGCUUUUUUAUGUUCACCGUUACUAGCUCUUUCAGCCAUUUCAAAUUUUUAUUUAUUUGCUGGAAGCGAAGUUGGGAAUUUAUUUUUUGAAUGUUUUUCUCAACCAUCACUUUUAAAUUCUUUUAUAUUAAUUUUAUCUUUAUAUUGUUGUUGUCAUGUAUCUAUGGCACUGGAAAAUGUUCAAUCUAGAGGCACUUGUGUAAAAAACAAAUAAAAUACUUUUUU